CAUUUAUUUAUGCAAACCAUGCACGCCGCUAGAAACCUCUUCGCAUCCUACGCCGGGUCAUCCCCGACCGUCCGAUCGAGAUCCGACGCCCAUCGACCCCUCCCCUGUGUCUUCUUCCUUCCACUCCGCUCCAGCAUCGCUCACUCCUACGGGAUCCGGUCACUGCCGGUAACCUCACCGCCUCCGCUGCUCCGCCGCAUGGCUACGGAACACUCCGGCGCACCGAGCGGUAACCUCACCGAGCUCAACACCGCAUCCGAUUUCGACUCGCUCGUCACCCCCGAAGGGUAUAUAUCCAUAUGCGGCUUCGGCUCCCUCCUCUCCGAGAGGAGCGCGAGGAGCACGUUCCCCGAUCUCAAGAACUUCAGGAUCGGAGUGCUCCGCGGGUUCCGCCGCGUUUUCGCCCACGUGGCCCCGAUCUUCUUCGAGCGCAGGAUCGCCAAUGAGGAAACCGGGGAAGUGUCGAGCUUGAGCGUGGAGCCCUGCGAAGGGGAGUUUCUUAUUGUUACCGUGUUUGAGAUCAGGAAAGAGGAGGUUCCGGCGUUUAUUGAGAGGGAGAAUGAGUUCAGGUUUCUAUCUGUGGUUCCUGAAGGACUGGAUGGAACUACUUUUCCAAAUCCAGCUGUGGUGUGUGCUCGUUACAGCGACGAAGAGUUUUUUCAAAUACGAUGCCAAGGUAGCAAGGAAAUAUAUUACCAGCGUUAUGGGCGAUACAACAUACAUAAGAUAUGGCGAGAUGAUAUAUUACCUUGUCGUACAUAUCUCAGACAUUGUGUUUUGGCAGCAAAAAACCUCGGAAAAGCAGCUUAUGACAACUUCUUGGAUCACACCUACGUCGCCGAUCGGAAAACAACAAUUAGGCAGUACUUGGCCUCAGCUGGAUCAGGCAUCAUGGAGGAAGAGCCACCCGAAUCGCUGAAGAGCCGUUAUGGAGGGUAAUAGGCAGGGUGCUUGGAAAGAGGAAAAUGCAUGAGGAUUGACACAAACCAUCCUUCGAAACUGCAUUUCUUUUUUUUUUCAUUUUUGGCCUUUCGCCAGAUGAAUUAAUAAUUUGCCUGAUUCGGAUGCUAGAAAUUCGCGCUGAAGCGCAUCUGAUAAUCAGCAUUGUAUUGUUAAACAAUUGCUUAGUAAGUUGGGAUAUGAAUUGGGGAAUUUCUGGCGUACUUGUGACAGUGUAAUGAAACGAAAAGCAAUUAUAAGCACUUUUUUUUUUAA